UAUACCUCCAAUUAUUUCGGAUCCUUUUUCUGCUGCUCCAAUCAAUCCAGCUACAAUACAACGGCACUAUCAGAUGGAAUUGCAACAACAGACAGCCCAACAACAACACCAGCAAAUCACAGAUUCUUCACUACUAAGUUCCAAAGCUCCAACGGCUGUUGUUUCAACUAUCAGUUCUACACCAACUUCACCAUUUUUAGGCGGACCACCAAUUGCUGCUCCAACUGUAUCGACUAAUACUUUUAAUUCUAGUUCAUGGGCAGUCACAUAUCCACAGAUGCAACAAUUUAACAAAUCUAUUAUUCAGUAUAGUUCAAAUUUACCCAGUUCUCCUAUUGGUGCAGUGAAUUCUCAAACAAAUCUAACUUAUCCUUCCAAUGGUGUUUUAAAAUCAGGUUCUACAAAUCCAUGGUCAUCAUCAAUCGGAUUGAUUGAUGGAAGAAACGUUAGUAAUGCAAACUGGCAACCUUCAUCACCAUCGUCAUCGCCACCUGCUCUUCUACCUCCAGAAACUGAUUGUCUUUCGGAUCCAUUCGAUUUAGGUUGGGUAGAUAGAGCUACAGCUGGUGUAUCGAAUACAUCAAGUGGACGAGGCAUUAGUAAUCCAUUUCUAAUUGCUAAUGGGGGUGGUGAUGAUAUCCGUAAUCCAAAUGCAUCAUCUGUUCAUUAA